GAGAAGGACGAAGAAGAGGAGCCGCCAUGCCCUGAUUGGUGGUUUUAAGCAGGAACUUUUGCCGGCGUGCCGCCGAUCUGUCGCGUUUGUGUCCAGCUCUGCUCCCGGUAACCUUACCGCUUCUGCGCAGCUCGAACCGCACUAAGCUGUCCAGCCUGACCCCGGAAAGCAGCAUGUCUGACUACAGCGGUCUGCCGUCGAACGGAGUCGGCGCGGGGAUGAAGAAGGACGCCUUCGCUGACGCGGUGCAGCGAGCCCGACAGAUUGCAGCAAAAAUUGGUGGAGACGGCGCCACCUCCUCCACAAACAACGGAGGUGCGGAAAGUUAUCCGUUCACAGCACAGAAGCGCUCGCUGGAGGAGGCAGAUGAACCUGAUGCUAAGAAGGUAGCAUCACAGAGUGAACGAGACUCUGCAAUGUCUAUCGGAGCCCAGCUGGCUGCGCUGUCCCAACAAAGUGUCCGCUCGUCCACCAUGAUGGAGGAGUGUAAGGUACCCGACAGCAUGGUCGGUCUCAUCAUCGGCAGAGGAGGCGAACAGAUCAACAAAAUACAACACGAGUCCGGGUGCAAAGUCCAAAUCGCUCAUGACAGCGCUGGACUUCCUGAGAGGAGCAUUUCUCUGACGGGCAGCCUGGAUGCCAUUCAGAGAGCCAGGGCCCUGAUAGAUGAGAUCGUGUCCAGGGGUCACGAGCCGAGCAACGGCCAGCCAGGUUCCAUGCAGGAGAUGAUCAUCCCAGCAGGCAAGGCCGGCCUGAUCAUCGGGAAAGGAGGAGAGACCAUCAAGCAGCUGCAGGAGCGGGCCGGAGUUAAAAUGAUCCUCAUCCAAGAUGGAUCCCAGCCCCCCAACGUAGACAAACCUCUGCGCAUCAUUGGAGACCCCUACAAAGUGCAGCAAGCAAAGGACAUGGUUAACGAGAUCCUGAGGGAGCGCGACCAUGCGGGGUUCGGAGAGAGGAGUGAAUACGGGUCCAGGAUGGGAGGUGGUGGCGGCAUUGAAAUCCCCGUGCCUCGACAGUCCGUCGGGGUCGUCAUCGGCCGGAACGGCGAGAUGAUCAAGAAGAUCCAGAAUGACGCUGGAGUGAAGAUUCAGUUUAAACCGGAUGACGGCACAACGCCCGAGAAGAUGGCUCACAUCAUGGGCCCCCCAGACCAGUGUCAGCACGCCGUCUCCAUCAUCAACGAUUUGCUGCAGAGCAUCCGAGCCCGGGACGAGGGGGGGCAGGGGGGGAUGUCGCCUGGAGGUCGAGGGUGGGGUCGAGGCCAGGGCAGCUGGGGUCCUCCGGGCGGUGAGAUGACCUUCUCCAUUCCUGCUCACAAAUGCGGGAUCGUCAUCGGGAGGGGGGGAGAAAACAUCAAGUCCGUCAGCCAGCAGUCGGGGGCCUUCGUGGAGGUUUGCCGCCAGCCCAACGGGGACCCGAACUACAAGCUGUUCACCAUCAGGGGCUCCCCCCAGGAGAUCGACCACGCCAAGCAGCUAAUAGAGGAGAAGAUUGAGGGUCCUUUGUGUCCGGUUGGUGGGGGUCCUGGCCCGGGGGGUCCUGGCGGUCCCAUGGGUCCCUAUAUUCCUAACCCAUAUAAUGCGGGGCCCCCUGGUGGAGCACCACAUGGGGGGGCGCCUGGGGGAGCGCAGUACUGUUCUCAGGGCUGGGGGGGUGCGUAUCAACAGUGGCAGGCCCCAAAUCCUCACGACCCCAAUAAAGCAGCAGCAGACCCCAAUGCAGCAUGGGCAGCCUACUAUGCACAAUACUAUGGGCAGUCGCAGGAGGGCGCCAUGGCGGCUCAGAACGCAGGCAUUCCUGCUGCAGCAGCGCCGGGGGACCAGAGCCAGCCAGGGCAGACCUCGGGGGGGCAGCCAGACUACACAAAGGCCUGGGAGGAGUACUACAAGAAGAUGGGAAUGGCCCAGCCGGGUGGAGGUGCAGCUGCUGCAGGCAGCACCGCUGCAGCGGGGGCCGCUGCGGCAGCUGGGGGCCAGCAGGACUACAGUGCAGCCUGGGCUGAGUACUACAGACAGCAGGCUGCUUAUUACGGUCAGACGGGACAGGCUCCGGGACAGGGAGGGGCUCCACAGCCGGGACAGCAGCCGCAGUAAACGUACGGACGGAUGGAUCUGGACGUGUGGAUCGGCUUUCAGAAGAAGGGCGUGGUUUCCUCGUCACAGGACACUUUCUGUCCCCGUAGGUGUUUUUUAAAGUCCCGGCCGAAGACAAAAGGGAAAAGUUCUGCGUCCCAUGCAUUGACCAGAGCAGUGAAUUCUCACCUUUCUUACUCUUAGGUUUGCUCCAUCCCUCCCUCACCCAACCACAUCCCGUCACUCAUUGAUUACUGUUCGUUUUCCUUUGGAAUAAUAAUGUGAAAUAAGAAUCUCUGCUAACAGUCUAGCACAGCAGCAUCGACUCACGUCUGUCCCUCCCUCCAGAAAACCUGAUCUAGCAGUAUUUUGAAAAUAAUCGAGGACGUGUUUGUAAAAAAGCUUUUUUUUUCUUUACACAUUCCCUGUGUUUUCAUGCAAGGAAAUCUCUCCCUGCCUGUGAUUUGUUCUCUUUUCUUUGACUUCAUUGGAGACGGUCUUGUGUGUCUGUGUGUGGUUUGUGUUGUGGAACAGAAAAGGGUGUGUGGGUUGGCUGAGACGAGGCACUAACACGCCCGCUGUGUGCCCGACUGCCCUCGUUUGUCUCUUUAGUUCUAAAUUGUUUCAUCCUUUAGUUUUGUUAAUGUAUGCCGUUUUUUUUAAGUUAUUUUUUUACUGUUUGUUUUUAAAGAAUCCAAUAAAAACAUUCAUACGAGCAGUG